GAGGCGCUUCUUUCCGGGCCCGCGGGUGCUGGGUUCCCUCCAACUCAGGGUAGGGGUGAGAGCAAAGUGGAGAUUCCCCUUGCCUUCGGGGCGGGAAUGGGAUCUUCCCGCAGUUCAGUUCUGCAGGUAGGGAGUAGACUGAAGAGUGGCUUGUGGGUCUCUGGAAGUUCGUUCCAGGCCCUCUGUGUGACUCCGGUACGAGCGGAGGUUGCUACCGUUCAGUGCGAGGCUGUCACCGCUUGUGCCUGUCCGCGUCCUGUGUGACUGGGUGCGAGGGAGUCAAUGGCACCGUGGAGUGUGAGGCUGAGUUAGGGCGGGAGCGGGCGAGUGUUCGCUGACCCCCGUUGGGCCGAUACCCGCAGCCUCUUUGUGACUGGAUUGUGAUUGUCACUUGUGAUAGAUACCCUGGUGUCUGAGCCUUGCCGGUAUGGGAAAGGGUGCCCUUGUCAGGCAGCCCAUACCCAUGGCCUCUGACUGGACUGUGGCGUGCGUAAGACGGUGGCUGGCAUUGUAGUUUUUCACACACUGGGUACGUCAGGGAAUGCGUGAGAGACUGUGUGCCACCGAGAGGCUUUUAAAGCCAGCCAAGUCAUAUCAAUGUGCCACCAAGUUUCAGAAUCACUGAUCUUACUGGAGAGGAUUGUGGGGUCUCCAUUAUGCUCUCUCUAUUGGAGGGAAGGUUGCAGGAAGAGGAAAGAAGCCUAAAAAGUCUAGACUGGUGACUCUGGAUGCUGCAAGAAAAGCCUAGUUUCUCAUGUUCUUUUCCCCAUCUCAGUCAUCUGAGGCCACUGCUAUUUCCCAAGAGAAGAGCCAGGAGGAAGGAAGAAUGGCUGUUGGGCUUCUUAAAGCCAUGUACCAGGGCCCUGCAUAAUCUGGUCCCUGACUCUCCCUCUGACCCCGUGUUUAACUCAGUAACUCAGUUCCAGCAACACCAGCUUCCUUGUAAUGUUGAGUUGGUGACCUUCAGAGAUGUGGCUGUAGACUUCUCCCAAGAGGAGUGGGAUUGUCUGGAUUCUUCUCAAAGACAUCUGUAUAGUAAUGUGAUGCUGGAGAACUACAGGAUCUUGGUAUCACUGGGACUUUGCUUUUCCAAACCAAGUGUGAUAUUAUUGUUGGAACAAGGAAAAGCACCCUGGAUGGUGAAGAGAGAGCUGACAAAAGGCUUGUGCUCAGGCUGGGAGCCUCUAUGUGAGACUGAAGAAAUAACCCCAAAGCAGGACUUUUAUAAAGAACAUCAAUCCCAGCAGAUAAUAGAAACACUCACAAGGUAUAACCUUGAGUACUCCAGUUUGAGAGAAGAAUGGAAAUGUGAGGGCUAUUUUGAGAGGCAACCAGGGAAUCAGAAGGCAUGUUUCAAGGAAGAGAUAAUCACUCAUGAAGAAGCCCUUGUCGAUGAAAGAGAACAAGAAUAUAAAUCUUGGGGAAGUUUUCAUCAGAACCCACUGCUUUGUGCACAAAAGAUAAUCCCCAAAGUGGAGAAAGUACAUAAACAUGAUAUACAUAAGGGAAGCUUUAAAAAAAAUUUAAUGGGUAUUAAGCCCAAGAGUGUCUGUGCAGAGAAGAAACUUUUGAAAUGUAAAGACUGUGAAAAAGUCUUCAGCCAGAGUUCAUCCCUUACUCUUCAUCAAAGAAUUCAUACUGGAGAGAAACCCUAUAAAUGUAUAGAGUGUGGAAAAGCCUUUAGCCAGAGAUCAAAUCUUGUUCAACAUCAGAGGAUUCACACUGGAGAAAAACCCUAUGAAUGUAAGGAAUGUAGGAAAGCCUUCAGUCAGAAUGCACAUCUAGUUCAACAUCUGAGAGUUCAUACUGGAGAAAAACCUUAUGAAUGUAAGGUAUGUAGAAAGGCCUUCAGCCAGUUUGCCUACCUUGCCCAACAUCAGAGAGUUCAUACAGGAGAGAAACCCUAUGAAUGUAUUGAAUGUGGGAAAGCAUUUAGCAACAGAUCAUCCAUUGCUCAACACCAGAGAGUUCAUACUGGAGAGAAACCCUAUGGAUGUAAUGUGUGUGGGAAAGCAUUUAGCCUUCGUGCAUACCUUACUGUACAUCAGAGAAUACAUACUGGAGAGAGACCCUAUGAAUGUAAGGAAUGUGGGAAGGCCUUCAGCCAGAAUUCACAUCUUGCUCAACAUCAGAGAAUUCAUACUGGAGAAAAACCUUAUAAGUGUCAGGAAUGUAGGAAAGCAUUCAGCCAGAUUGCCUACCUUGCUCAGCAUCAAAGAGUUCACACUGGAGAGAAACCCUAUGAAUGUAUAGAAUGCGGGAAGGCUUUUAGCAAUGACUCAUCCCUUACUCAACAUCAGCGAGUUCAUACUGGAGAGAAACCUUAUGAAUGUACCGUUUGUGGAAAGGCUUUUAGUUACUGUGGAUCCCUUGCCCAACAUCAGAGAAUUCAUACCGGAGAGAGACCCUAUGAAUGUAAAGAAUGCAAAAAAACCUUCAGGCAGCAUGCACACCUUGCUCAUCAUCAGAGAAUUCACAAUGGGGAGUCACUGUCACCACCCAACCCAGUCAAUCACCAAGUCCUAUAGAUCCUGUGUCCUAAAUAUUUCUAGAAUUUAUACACUCUUUUUUUUAUCUUUAAUAUUGUUACUUUGGUCUGAUUCAUCUCACUCUGAUUACUAUAUAGCUUUCAAACAGG